AAAGUCAUAUUCCUCCCUCCACAUAUUACACAUUACAAUCAAAUAUAGAAUUUUGCUCAUUUGCCUCUUUAGGCCAAGACCAGAUAAACAGUGUAUUUCAGCUUCUUUCAUUUGGAUUUGAUCACAAAGAAUGAUGCGUGUCCGUGCAAAAUUACCAGGAUUCUGUAAAAGCAAAACUGUGGUCCGUGUUGGAGCGCGUUCGCCUUCUCAGCCAUACAAGAAGAAUGGCUUGAUCAAAUUCGAUGCCACUGACAACAAAAACAGUACAGAAAUGUGUUUCAACAACAUUGACCCGAGGCUGGAUUUUGAGAGUAGUGGCAAUAAUAAUAGAGUUAUGGUUGUUGUUGAUCCUAGUCUUGAUGCCAAUUGUGCUUUGCAAUGGGCACUUUCUCAUACUGUCCAAAGUCAAGAUACUAUUAUUCUUCUCUAUGUCAGCAAGAUUUCAAAUGAAGGUGAAAAAGCCAACAGUGAAUUUAAUCAGAAGGCCUAUGAACUUCUUUGCUCCAUGAAAAAUAUGUGCCAAACAAGGAAAGAAGGGGUGCAAGUGGAGAUAACAAUGCAAGAAGGAAAAGAGAAAGGAGCUGUGAUUGUAGAAGAAGCAAAGCAACGUAAGGUGUCUUUACUGGUAUUAGGACAGAGGAAAAGAUCAAUAGUGUGGAGACUGCUAAGGAAAAAGUCAAGAAGUAGACUUGUGAAAUACUGUAUUCAGAAGGCUAAUUGCAUGACAGUUGCUGUGAGAAGAAAGAGCAGCAAAUCUGGAGGAUAUCUGAUUACUACUAAACGUCAUAAGAAAUUUUGGCUUUUAGCUUGAUGGAGUUAUUUCAAGAUUUCAUCAUUUACUUUUUUUAGUGAAAUAUUGUAUUCAGAAGGCUAAUCUGCUUUUUUUUGUUUUUUGGUUAAUAAUCAAAGGCAAAGCAAGAAUGUAUUGUCAAGAAACAAUUCAAGUAGA